AUGUCACCUCUCGGUUCGGUGGCUCUGGCCAAUGGCUCUUCGUCGCCAAAAAAGGUCGCCUAUUUCUACGAUUCUGACAUUGGCAAUUAUGCCUACGUUACCGGUCACCCCAUGAAGCCGCAUCGCAUUCGUCUUGCGCAUAGUUUGAUCAUGCACUACGAUCUUUUCAAGAACAUGGAGAUUUAUCGCGCGAAGCCUGCGACUAGGGGCGAAAUGACCCAGUUCCAUACCGACGAGUACAUCGACUUCCUCCAAAAAGUCACCCCCGACAACAUGGAUGCCUACCAAAAGGAACAAGGCAAAUACAAUGUCGGUGAUGAUUGUCCUGUAUUUGACGGUCUUUUCGAGUUUUGCGGCAUCAGUGCUGGUGGCAGUAUGGAGGGCGCUGCCCGUCUCAACCGCCAAAAGUGCGACAUCGCUGUCAACUGGGCUGGUGGCCUCCACCACGCCAAGAAGAGCGAGGCUAGUGGUUUCUGCUACGUCAAUGACAUUGUUCUUGGUAUUCUCGAACUCCUUCGAUUCAAGAAGCGCGUCCUCUAUAUUGAUAUCGAUGUCCAUCACGGCGAUGGUGUUGAGGAAGCCUUUUACACUACAGACCGAGUAAUGACCGUUUCCUUCCACAAGUAUGGCGAGUACUUCCCUGGUACUGGUGAGCUGCGCGACAUCGGUAUCGGCACCGGCAAAUACUACGCCGUCAAUUUCCCCCUUCGCGACGGUAUCGACGAUAAUUCAUACAAGUCCAUCUUUGAGCCUGUCAUCGAGCACGUUAUGAAAUUCUACCAGCCCGAGGCUGUUGUGCUACAAUGUGGUGGCGACAGUCUUUCUGGUGACCGUCUCGGCUGUUUCAACCUUAGUAUGGAGGGACACGCCAACUGUGUCGGAUACGUCAAGAGCUUCGGCUUGCCCACACUUGUCCUCGGUGGCGGUGGUUACACUAUGCGCAACGUCGCUCGCACAUGGGCAUACGAGACUGGUGUCCUUGUUGGCAAACACCUUCCCAGAACGCUGCCUUACAACGAAUACUACGAAUACUACGCUCCCGAUUUCGAACUGAACGUCCGGCCAUCAAACAUGGAGAACUCGAACAGCUUCGAAUACCUCGAGAAGAUCAAAGCUGCCGUUAUCGAUAACUUGAGACACACCCAGCCCGUUCCAUCUGUGCAAAUGCAAGAUGUCCCCCGUCAACCGCUCCCAGGCGGCAUGACAGAUGAGGAAGAGGCUGAGCUGAACGAUUUGGACGAGGAUGAGCACACUGACGAGCGCAUGACUCAACGCCGCUGGGAGCAGCGCACCAACAACGAGGCCGAUUUCGAAGACAGUGACGACGAAGAUAUGGACCAGGCGAAUGGCAUGACCCGCCCCCGUAACGCUAAGAAGCGGACGUUCCGCGACUACCGCCAAGCCGAGCCCGAGGCCAACAGCGGAGCUGCAUCUCCAGCUGAUGCAAUGGUUACCGAAGAGGCGCCCAAUGCCGAGCCCAUUGUCGAUGCUGAUAUUACCCUCGAGAACCCAGUUGAUGCAGAGGAGAUAGCCGAGGAAACAGUUGUCGAAAAGGAUUCUGCUCCGGAACCUCCUCAGGAAGACGCUGUCGACGGUGAUGGUGAUGUUGGCAUGGCAGACAGUGCUGAUGUUGAGGAGCCUACGACAACAAUCAAGAAGGAAGAAGUUGAGGCAGAACCUGCCGAGGUUGCCGAGAAGCAAGAUCAAGAGGACAAGCCAGUAUCACGGAAACCCUCUGCCGAGCCCAUAGCCGAGCCAGCUGCUGAAGAGGCUACCGAGAAGGCCGAACCUGCCGAGAAGGCUGAGCCUGCUGAAGCCACCAAAACGACUGAAGCCACUGAAACGACUGAAGCGACCGAAGCGACUGAAACCACCGAGGCCAAUGAAGCCACCGGAACCUCUGAUGCUACUGAAUCCGCUAAGGAACCCGCCAAAGAGGCCGAGAAGGAGGCCACCAAAGAGCCAGAAACUUCGGAGCCGAAAGAGUCAGCAGAUGUCAAGGAACCUGCUGUGACGGAAGAAACUUCAACUGAUGCGAAGGAGCCGACGAAAAAGGAAGCCGAGGCUGCUGACAAGCCCGAGGAGAAGGUCCCUGAACCAGCGGAAGCAGAAGACAAGAUGGAUGUCGAUGAGAAGCCUGAAGAAAAGACGGCCGACAAGGAAUAG